GUCCUUGGGUUAUACCCAUGCUGCUUUCUCCUGCAUACUCGGUCUCCUGAAGAUGCCCAGGAGAGGAGAUCUUCCUCUGGGGCCACUCGUGGUAUUGCUGCUGCUGCUGCCAUUUGUCCCAUGGCAGCUGGCAGGCUGCCUUCUCAGUCCCUGUUUGGAGGUCAUCCCUAACAGAACUUUCAGAUGCAUGGGACUGAAUGUCUCGGGAGUUCCUGCUGAAGUCCCAGCUACUGCCCAGAACUUGGAUCUCAGUUUCAGCAAUCUGAGAUCACUGGGGCCAAAUUAUUUUUCAUCAGUCCCUGAACUGCAGCUUUUGGACCUUACAAGGUGCCACCUCCAUACAAUAGAACAUAACUCUUUUAAAGAUCUUCAUAAACUUUCCACUUUGAUUUUAACUGCAAAUCCCCUUCAGUAUCUGGGGACAGCAGCCUUCUAUGGCUUAACAUCACUGAAAAAACUGGUGUUGGUGGAAACCAGCUUAACCUCUCUGACUGACCUACCCAUUGGACACUUGCAUGCCCUGCAGGAGCUGAAUUUGGGCCACAACAACAUUGCUUCUUUGAAGCUUCCCAAGUAUUUCACCAACAUGACCUCUCUCAGGUACCUGAGCUUUUCCUCCAAUAAAAUCACCUAUAUCUCCAAAGGAGACCUUGAUGCCCUGAGGGAAGUGAACAGGCUCAACCUCACACUGGUGCUUUCCUUGAAUGAUAUUAAAUACAUAGAGCCGGGGUCCUUUGCAAAGAUUCUCCUUGGUGAAUUGGUUCUAAGGUCCUCUUUUGAGACCUUCGAUAUGAUGCACACUUCUCUUCAAGGCCUGACUGGUUUACAGGUCAACAGACUAAUAGUUGGAGAAUUCAGCAACAGUCAGAGACUGAAAGACUUCCAGAGUGGACUCUUGAGUGGCCUGUGUCAGGUACAAAUGCAGGAAUUUGUCUUGAUUUGUUUCAGAAAAUUUAGGAAUAACACAGAUACUCUUUUUAACUGCAUAGCCAAUGUCUCCAGUAUUCGUUUGGUGGACCUCUAUCUUGAAGAGGUGUCAGAGGUUCCCAUGUUCUCUCAAGUCAAACAUUUGGAAUGUAAGAGAUGCUCUUUUCAGGAAGUGCCUGCCAUGAAGCUGUCUCUCUUCAAGGAGCUCAGAGUGCUUCGUAUUACUGAGAGCAAACGACUCAAUGGCUUCCGACAGAAAUUUAGGAGUCUGAGUAACCUGGAGGUCAUAGAUUUGAGUGAGAAUCGCCUCUCCUUCAGUAGCUGCUGCUCCCCUCAGUUCCUCAGCUGUCCAAAUUUGAAACACUUGAACCUAAGCUUCAAUUCUGACAUCAGGCUGACUGGAGAUUUCACUAAUGUCAGGAAUUUGCUGUAUUUGGACUUUCAGCACACAAAGUUAUUUGGUCCUGGCUCCUACCCUGUCUUUCUAUCCCUUCAGAAACUCAUUUACCUUGAUAUUUCCUAUACCAGAACUCACGUUAGAUCCCAGUGUACAUUUUGUGGCUUGAACUCUUUGCAGGUGCUGAAGAUGGCAGGAAACUCCUUUGAGAACAAUAAAUUGGCCAACAACUUCAAAAACCUAAGUCACCUCCACACCCUGGAUAUUUCAAGUUGCAAAUUAGUGCAGGUGGAUCAAAGUACGUUUGAUGCCCUCUCUGAACUAAAAGAGCUAAACAUCAGCAACAAUAAGCUACUGAGCUUUGAUCCUGUGGUCUACAAACCUCUCCAAGCUCUCACAACCCUGGAUUUCAGCAACAACCAGCUGAGUGUUCUGUUGGACUCAACCUUAGAAAUCUUGCCCGGCAGUCUGGUACUGUUAGACAUCUCUCAAAACCUGUUUGACUGUUCUUGCAUACACCUGAACUUUCUGAAAUGGAUCAAAGAAAAGCAGGAGCUACUGCAGAACAAGGAGCUGAUGAUGUGCCACACACCCACAGAUGUGAAAAACGUGAGCCUGUCAAGCUUUGAUCUGUCCUCCUGCAAACUCAGUGCAAGCACAGUGACAGUCUCAGUAAUCACGUUGCUUGCUGCAGUGGUGUUCCUCUUCCUGAUCUACAAGUACUACUUCCAGCUAUACUACUCACUGGUGCUGCUUAGUGGGUGUAAAAACUCUGCAGAAAGGGGUGACACUUAUGAUGCAUUUGUUAUCCACUCCAGCAAAGACCAAGAAUGGGUGAUCAGAGAGUUGGUGGAGCCUUUAGAAGGAGGGACACCUCCCUUCCAGCUUUGUCUUUACUACAGGGAUUUCCUUCCAGGGGUACCCGUUGUCACCAAUAUCAUCCAAGAAGGUUUUCUGAGUAGCAGAAACGUCAUAGCAGUCAUCUCUACUGACUUUCUGGAGAGCAAAUGGUGCAGCUUUGAGUUUGACAUUGCCCAGUCCUGGCAGCUUGUUGAAGGCAAGGCUGGAAUCAUCAUGAUUGUGCUAGAAGAAGUGAAUAAAACCUUGCUGAGACAGAGGCUGGGGCUGUUCCGAUACCUGAGGAGGAACACCUAUCUGGAGUGGAAAAAGCAGGAAAUAAGCAGGCACAUCUUCUGGAGACAGCUGAUAGGAGUCCUACUGGAGGGCAAAAAAUGGAAUCAAGAGGAUGCAAAGCUCAUGUGAGAGAAAACAGAGAUCACUUCUGUCCUGUCUCCUAUCCUGGCCUUGGCUGAUGGCUGGUGCUCCAAAGCUGGUUCUUCCCUGGCUGUUCAGAGUUGAAGGAAGUGGAUAGAAGCACUUUAGAAGCACUACAGAAAUACCUGCCUUCCUGGUCACCCUUUCUCAAGGAGACUUGCAAGCUAAGGAGUGACAACAGCUAGGAGAGCUUCACAUACCUGAGAGCUCCAUGUUUGUAGCUGUCAACCAAAGCUGGUCCAGCAAUCCACACAAGUCUGGUGGGCUGGUGAUUAAAUGAGCUGCUCUUAUCAUCAUUUGAUUGCCUCUGAAACUGGGCUUGUGUCCUAGGGCCAUUUACCCAGUGAAACUUUGGGUUCUGUUGAUCUGAGUGGACCCCAGGGUCUUCAAGGGAGAGCGAAGGCACAGGAUUCUUGGCUCUAAAAAUGGUUAGAAAUAGAAACAAGACUUGGACCCUGGAAGUUUUGAGUCUUCCCCCUUAGGCACCAUGACUGAGGGGAAGAACCCUGCAGAGGGAAAUGGGGAAUCCUACAGCCUCAGAGCAGCUGCUCAGUGAAGCUGAGCAGUUAUAGCAUCAGUGAGGUGGAAGGUUGAUGUUGGUGGGAAAUUUCCCCAACUGGUUUAUUUCAAUUUUCUUUGGACUAAGACCAAAUAUUGAACCCCCCAAAUAUUUCCAUCACCUGGAACUCUUACUUAAAUCCAAAUUAUGCAACAUUUGAGAGAGUGGUAUGAAGUUUUCUUGAGGUAUCCAAAGAUCAGUGGAACCAGAAGAUGCUGCAGAAAUGCUUGGUGUCUUUAGAAUCAAGGUACUUCUUUGCUCCAGCAACAACUUCUCAUCCAAUUGUUUUGGAUAUGCUGUGUGGGAAUUACUAUUUUAAGCAAGGUUGACCCUGAGUGAAGUGUUUUCAAGUUUACAGUGAGACAACUCUACAAUAAGCUUUCUUACUAUGAGAUCCAUCUGGGCCUAGCUAUGAGGCUGAGUCCCUCUUAGAAUCAAAGAAUAGAAUCAUAGAAUCAUUAAGUUUGAAAAA